AUGACAGUAUCGUGGGAUUAUUGCAACCUAAGAUUGGUUUACCUAUGAGGAAGCAUGUGAUGAAAUCUACUACUUCCCUUCGCCAUGAACAUCGCGUGAUUUCUUCCCACCCUUCCCAUCCCCCCCUCUUUAAUCUGCAUAGUCAGCAAUACGUAGUAUUUAUUUUUGCGUACACUGGUUCCUGUAGAUAAACAAAGAGAAGUGGUAUCACGUACGGAUUUGCAGGAGCAUAGAAAUAUUGCAUUGGGACUAAUGGCUGUAAGGAGCUCCAGCAGAUUCAGCAAAAUUGUUGCUUUUUGGAUUUUUACACUUGUUAUCGUCGUUUCCGUCGCGAGACCGCAACAAAGUGUUUCAGUCGAGUGCGUGAGAAUAUGCCGUCCUCGACAACUGAAGCGCCUGACAAGAAAGGUCUCAAAACUUUUCUCAAGCUGCUAUCAGCAGUGUCUGGGGGUAAAGAAAGCUACACACCAACAAGCCCCAGUCAGGAAAGGGACCUUUCAAAAACGCUUCAAGAAAGCUAUCCCUACUGAUCCUAGUAAGCAGCAUAGAAAUUUCAAAUCAUUAAUUUUUAGCAGUUUUCUUAAGGAAUAACCUACCUAAAGGUAAAAAUACUAAUAAAUGGAACUACAAUAUAAAUACAUGUUACAAGGAGAUGAAUUGACAUGAUGACAUGCCCAUGGACAUAGUGG